UUUCACAUUUUGAAGUCAUAUCUAAGUUAAGCUAAGACUAUAUACAAAGAUAUUUAGUAAUGAAUUUCUUUUCUCAUUCUUAUGGUGUUUAAAAAGAAGGAUCAAAACUAGCUUUAGUUUUUGGAAUUCGUGUGACUUUCGGAAAAGGUUUUGAAAUUCGCCGGAAAAUAGAAAUAUUUUCCAUUGAAGAUAUUCAGGAUGGGGAGAGGAAAGAUAGAGAUAAAGAGGAUUGAGAACAACACAAACAGGCAAGUGACAUUUUGCAAAAGAAGAAAUGGACUGCUGAAGAAAGCUUACGAACUCUCAGUUCUCUGUGAUGCUGAGAUUGCUCUCAUUGUUUUCUCCACUCGUGGCCGUGUCUAUGAAUACUCUAACACCAACAUAAAGGCAACAAUAGAACGGUACAAGAAGGCAACUGCAGAAACCUCUAGUGCAUACACUACUCAAGAGCUCAAUGCACAGUUUUACCAACAAGAAUCAAAGAAGCUGCGCCAACAGAUACAAUUGAUGCAAAACACAAACAGGCAUUUGGUAGGGGAAGGAGUAAGCUCUUUGAAUGUGAGGGAACUGAAGCAGUUGGAGAACAGACUUGAACGUGGCCUUACAAGAAUUAGGUCAAAAAAGCAUGAAAUGAUACUAGCUGAGACUGAGAAUUUGCAGAAGAGGGAAAUUCAACUGGAACAAGAGAAUGCAUUUCUUAGAUCAAAGAUAGCAGAAAAUGAGAGGUUGCAGGAACUAAGCAUGAUGCCAACAGGUGGGCAAGAGCAAGAUUACAAUGCAUUUCAGCAAUAUUAUGCAAGAAAUAUGCUUCAACUCAAUAUGAUGGAAGGAAUGCAGCAUUCUAAUUAUGAUCCAUUAUUGUCUGCUGACAAGAAGUCUCUCCACCUUCACUGAACCCAAAAGUUAAUCCAUUUGGCUUUGGAGAAAGAAAUUUGGUGUUUUGGAACAUAUAAAUAAUAUUUGAUCUUUGUGCUUUUGCUUUAGAACUUUGUAUUUGGUGUUUUUGAAUUCUUUGCUAUUAUUACGUGUCAUUGAUGGACGCGUCCCUUGUUAAUUUCUAACGCUAAUUUCUAUUCCACAAUUCCUUUACUUGUUUUUC